AUGAAAGUGACCGCCUUGGACCCCAGCGCCCCAAAGGGCGAGACCCUCCGCAGGGAUCCUGACACAAGGAAGAAAGGAGUGCAGCAGAUGAACUUGCUGGACACAGCAAUGAUCCCCGGGGACUGGGGCUGGCUGACCUACCCAUCGCACGGGUGGGAUUCGAUCAAUGAAAUGGAUGAAUUUUUCAGCCCUAUCCACACCUACCAGGUCUGUAAUGUCAUGACCCCGAACCAGAACAACUGGCUGCGCAGCAAUUGGGUCCAACGGGACGGUGCCCGUCGGGUUUAUGCUGAGAUCAAGUUCACCCUGCGGGACUGUAACAGUAUGCCAGGGGUGCUGGGCACCUGCAAGGAGACGUUCAACCUCUACUACCUGGAGUCUGACCGGGACCUGGGCACCAGCACCCGGGAGAGCCAGUUUGUGAAGAUCGAUACCAUAGCAGCCGACGAGAGCUUCACCAGCGUAGACCUGGGGGUCAGGCGGCUCAAGCUCAACACCGAGGUGCGGGGCGUGGGACCCCUGAGCAAGCGGGGCUUUUACCUGGCUUUCCAGGACAUCGGGGCCUGCAUUGCCAUUGUCUCCGUCCGGGUAUACUACAAGAAGUGUCCCGCGAUGGUCAGGAACCUGGCGUCCUUCUCCGAGGUGGUGACCGGGGCGGACUCCUCCUCCUUGGUGGAGGUGCGGGGCGAGUGUGUGAGGCACUCUGAGGAGAGAGACACCCCCAAAAUGUACUGCAGUGCGGAGGGGGAAUGGCUGGUACCCAUUGGGAAAUGUGUGUGCAGCGCCGGCUACCAAGAGCAGAGGGAUUCCUGUGUGGCCUGCGAGUUGGGAUUUUACAAGUCAGCCCCUGGUGACCAGCUGUGUGCAAAGUGCCCCCUGCACAGCUACUCAGAGAGCCGGGCUGCACAGGUGUGUCGCUGUGACAGCAGCUACUACCGGGCAGCACAAGAUCCCCCGUCUGCUGCCUGCACGCGGCCCCCCUCUGCUCCUGUGAACCUGGUCUCCAGUGUGAAUGGCACCUCGGUGACACUGGAGUGGGCUCCACCCCUGGACAAGGGGGGGCGCACUGAUGUCACGUACAACGUGGUCUGCAGGCGCUGCACGUGGGACCUGGGCCAGUGCGAGGCGUGCGGCAGUGGGAUCCGCUUUGUUCCCCAGCAGAUGAGCCUGGGGCAGGCUGCCCUCACCGUGGCCAACCUCAUGGCCCACAUGAACUACUCCUUCUGGGUGGAAGCUGUCAACGGCGUGUCCGACCUCAGCCUGGAGCCCAAGAGAUUUGCCGUUGUCAACAUCACCACGAACCAGGCAGCCCCAUCCCAGGUGGUGGUGCUUCGCCAGGAGAGCACGGGUCAGAACAGUGUCACGCUGCUGUGGCAUGAGCCGGACCAACCCAACGGCAUCAUCCUGGAGUACGAGGUCAAGUACUACGAGAAGGACAAGGAAAUGCAGAGUUACUCCACGCUAAAAUCCAAAGGCACAAGUGCGACUGUCUCUGGGCUCAAGCCUGCAACCCGCUACAUCUUCCAGGUUCGGGCCCGGACCUCUGCUGGCUGUGGGAGGUUCAGCCAGAUGGUGGAGGUGGAGACCGGGAAAGCAAGUGAGUGCACGAGAGGAUGAGGAUGGGGAGAGAGCGGACGUGUGUGCAUGGCAUCGCUGAGCGCAGGGGUGGCAGAGCUGCUGUAUCAGGAGUCUCCCCUCUGCCUCUUGUGUCUCCAUGGCAGGCACUGUGGUUACAGCAAGGCUUUCCAGGACUCAGAUGAGGAGAAGAUGCACUAUCAGAAUGGCCAGGUGAAGUUCCCCGCGUCAAAGUUCUACGUGGACCCUCACACGUACGAGGACCCCUGCCAAGCCGUGCACGAGUUCACACGAGAGAUCGAGGCCUCCAGGAUUAAAAUUGAGAAAGUCAUUGGGUCCGGAGAAUCUGGGGAGGUGUGUUAUGGCCACCUGAAAGUGCCAGGGAAGAGGGAGCUUCCCGUGGCCAUCAAGGCUUUGAAAGCAGGUUACACGGAGAAGCAGAGACGGGACUUCCUGAGCGAGGCCAGCAUCAUGGCGCAGUUCGACCACCCCAACGUUAUCCACCUGGAGGGGGUGGUCACCAGGAGAAUAACGUCAGGGUUGUUUUCUCUCCAGAAACACGACGGUCAGUUCACCAUCAUCCAGCUGGUGGGCAUGCUGAGGGGCAUUGGUGCCGGCAUGAGAUACCUCUCCGAUUUGGGCUACGUGCACCGGGACCUGGCUGCCCGUAACGUUCUUGUUAACAGCAACUUGGUCUGCAAGGUGUCCGACUUCGGCCUGUCGAGAAUCCUCGAGGAUGAUCCGGACGCUGCGUACACCACCACGGGGGGGAAGAUCCCCAUCCGCUGGACGGCCCCCGAGGCCAUCGCGUACCGCACGUUCUCCUCAGCCAGCGACGUGUGGAGCUACGGCGUCGUCAUGUGGGAGGUGUUGGCCUACGGGGAGCGGCCCUACUGGAACAUGACCAACAGGGAUGUCAUUAACUCAGUGGAGGAGGGCUACCGCCUGCCUGCCCCCAUGGGCUGCCCUACAGCCCUGCACCAGCUCAUGCUGGACUGCUGGCAGAAGGAUCGCAGCGAGCGGCCACGCUUCUCCCAGAUCGUCAGCAUCCUGGACAAGCUCAUCCGCAACCCUGAGAAUCUCAAGUGCACAGCCACGGUGAACCGGUUCACCCAAACUCCCUUUGACAGAGGCGUCUUUGAUUUCACGAGCUGUUUUACGGUGGAGGACUGGCUGGAGUCCAUCAAACUGGGGCGCUAUCGGGAGAACUUCGCAGUGGCCGGGUAUUCCUCGCUGGGGAUGGUGAUGCGGAUGAACAUCGAUGACGUUCGGAGCCUGGGGAUCACCCUCAUGGGGCACCAGAAGAAGAUCCUGAGCAGCAUCCAGAUCAUGAGGUCUCAGCUGCUGAACACCAGUGUCCCCAGGCGGCAUCUCUAAGCACCAGCUCCCCAGACCCAGCAGCUGGCGUUCCAAAAGCACCGAUCCUGGCAGAGCGGCGAGCAAAGCCGGCGGGAGAAGCGCCGAGCCAGAACCUCGAGUCUCUGUGGCUUUCCGUUGCCUUGCUGGGAUUCGCGCUCCCAAGGGAAAGAGGAAGAGCUUUCCAGGGACAUUGCUGAAUCUGCUGGCGUCUUCCUCCAGCUGAGGGUAGGAGCAGGCUCCAGAGCAGGGCAGGCCACUUCAUUUUCCAUCCUGUGUCCCUGCUGGGCCGGGGCUCCUAGCAUGGCCUAGCUAGGGGCAGUGCAAUAGAAGGGGCGCUCCGCCCAGGCCGGGCCCGGCAAAGGGAGUUGCACUGACUGACAGCGAUGACGGGAGCAGCCGGGCAAGUCUCUUCCGUGUGCUGCUGCCGACUGUGUCUGAGCUGCUGUUGUACUGCCUGGAGGCUUAGCUGGGUCUCUGAGCCCUGCAAGGCCUCCCACACCAUUGCAUGGCAGAGACAGCAAAGUGCCUGCUCCCACCACCCUGCUCGACCCAGGACCUCCAGACCAGCCCCUCCAUGAAGCUACCAGGGUCAUUGCCCUGCUCUCAGAAGGGUCACUGGAAAACCGGAAGUCUUGAGCCUCCUGCAGUAGUUUCUGCUGGUGCUGUGAGCAGACGGGACUUCCUUGGCGCUGGGAAGAGGGGCCCGGAGCGCUGGCGCGUGCUCGGGGAGAUGUGAGAAGUGCUGUCAAAGGAGAACCCGGAACCAGCUAGGAAGUCACCACUUCCUGAAUGCACCGGCAAUGAACCUAGCGCAGGCAAGCCAGGGCCAGGGGAGAGCAUGUGUCUGAGGGCUACACGCUCAGGUUUCCCCCCCGAGCCCCAACAGAGCAGAGGCCAGGCUUCUGCCGCAUGAGGGGCUG